GGAUGGAGAAAUUUGCCCAGGAUCCCUCUGUGUGUCUGUGGCAGGUCUUCCUUCUGGAAACCUGAGGGAGGCAGGAUGGGCUGAGCAGUGAAGGACCUGGGAGGUCAGACAGGGACUUGCUCUGGGCGUGAGCAGGCAGGGAGGGGCUAUCCUGUUGCAACGCAGGUUGGGUAAUGUGCUUGACCCUGACCUUUUCAGAAUCUGAAUAUUUACUUUCAGUUUUUCUUUCCAAGUAUAUUAGACCCCGAAGAUGUUUGUGCAGACGAGCUGCCGAGUGGAUGUGCACAGCUAAGAACAAGUGGGUCUUGUUUUUAAUCUUGCAGAGGAAGAAGCUCGGGUGAAGCAACACCUCCUUCCAGCUGAACACAGACCGGUGAGCCGAAGGGGAAACUCUGAGAUCCCACUGCUGACACCAUGGCCUCAGAAGCUGACCGGAACUGCCCAGAGCACAGAGACUUCAUUGAUGCCAUUGAGUAUUUAAAGGACCCAUGGAACAAAGAGAAACUGCAACGCCUGCUGAGUGAUGGAUCCUGGGAGAGAUUUGUGGCUGCAGCCAAGCUGUCUAGGGCUGAGGCAGAUGCACUCUAUGCAGACUUGAGCCAGCUUAAAACAUUCAUGGCCAUGGAAGACAAGGAGAAUAGGGAAAGGUUUAUGAAGGAGUUUCCUCAGGUCAAACAGGACCUUGAGGAACGCAUAGGAAAGCUCUACGCACUUGCUGAUGAGGUUGACAAGGUGCACAGGGACUGCACCAUCACCCAGGUGGCGGCCGCUUCCACAGGCGCUGUGUCUGGCGUUCUGACCAUCGCUGGCGUGUGUCUGGCACCUUUCACAUUAGGGGCUAGUCUGGCAGUUUCGGGAGUUGGGUUGGGACUGGGGGCAGCAGCUGCUGUGACUGGUGUGACUGCCAACAUCGUGGAAGUCUCAAAGAAUGGGUCAGCAAAAGCCGAAGCCAAGCGCAUCGAGUCAACUGGCAGAAACUUAGAGAAGGUGGUUGAGAGAAUUCUAUUUCAAUGCACACCCAAAAUUGUUUCCUUAGCACAGAGGUGCUUCCCACUACUGGAACGCAUUCUGGAGAAAGCUGGUGUCCUCAAUGCAGAAGAAUCCAAUUCUAUCAAUCUAGAUAAGGUCUCGGGCUUUAAGCGCAUGGGGACAGUCUUUGCUCAAUCCGGCCUCCAGGCGAUGAAAGCUCUUGGCAAAGGAGCCAGGGUCUUUGGUGCAGCCACGGCAGGUGUAUUCCUUAUCGUGGAUGUAGUGGACCUGGUGAAAAAUUCAGUACACUUACAUAAGGGCGCAAAGGCUCAGUCGGCGGAAGAGUUGAGGCAGCAGGCCCAGGAGCUGGAGAGGAGGCUGGAACAACUCACCCUCAUUCACGAAAGUCUACAGGAGAACCUAUCUCCAUGAUCUCUUGGUGGUACAGGGAGGAGGGAGCGUGGUAUGUGGGAGACAAAGGCGUGGACUUGACAUUGUUAGAGGGGAAAAGCCAGAGAGAUAAAAUGGAUGGAACUGCAUGGAAAGGUGUUGAGCACAGUGGAGGAGGGAUUCAUUCAAAUGGCAGGUGGGUCAAAGAGAAGGAAGGAACCUGGACCUGAAAUCAGGGAAGACAGGGAUCAGGGCGGGGGGGGGGGGGGGGGGGGGGGGGGGGUGGAUAUGAGGAACUGUACUUUGACUAAAAAAGACAUUGGGGUCAUGAAUAAAGAAAGAGAAGUGGAGGAAUAAGCACCAAGAAGGCUGGAACUACUGAAGAGUUGACAAUGGAAGAAGGGGAAAGAGUUUGAGUUGUUGGGAUAUGGGAGUUACAGUGGCUCCUGGACUGGCCCUCCCCAGGGUUCACCCUCCCAGCAGGAACCAUGUCCCUCCCCAUUCCUGGUCUCUCGCCCUGCUUUCCAGUCCCAGCUCACCUUUGUCUCCAGCAGCACAUCUUAGAUAGACAUAAAAAAUGUUUUGUUUUUAUUUUUCAAUUAUAGUAGACAUAGAAUAUUGUAUUAGUUUAGGUAACAAUAAACUGAUUAUAAAGUGA